AUGACGAAAGCAAAAGAACUACUGGAUCCGGCCCUGACCAAUGAGAAGAAAAAAGAAUGGUGUGAAUUCAUCUAUGAAGAUCACCAGAAAUUGGUAAUCCCAGUAGGACCCAGGUUUCAGGUUGAUGUUCCAGAUUGGGCCAACUCUCCGAACAAGGGAACUCCAGUUGUAGCAGCAGAUGUUGCAUUAAGAGCAUCAAAGAAGGAAAUGGUAUGCAAGUAUAAAAAGGAGGAAUCCGAUACUUCAAAAUGGCUUGGAACACUGGUAUGGCCAAAAGCCGAUAACCUAGAAAACAAGGAAGAUAACGAGGAGUUUGUUGGGAAAGGGAGAAACGAACAUUGUUCUUGUAGGUCCUCUGGAUCUGUCGGAUGUGUUAAAAGACACGUUAAAGAAGAAAGCAUGAAGUUGAAGUCUGAACUGGAGACAGCCUUUAAUGACUGGAAAUUUGAUGAAAUGGGAGAAGAAGUUUCCAUGUUGUGGAACACUAAGGACCAAACAAAGUUCAGCUCCCUCGUUAAGACGGGUCUGUCUAAAGGCAAAAGUUUCAUGAAACCAGCAUUAGCAUCUUUUCCUUCCAAGAAUAGGCAAAGCAUCGUCAACUAUUACUUCAAUGUUCACAUUCCUCGGCGUAUCAGAUCAAAUAGUAUAACAAUUAACACCGAUGAUGAAGAGGAGGAAGACGAAGAAGAGGAGGAAGAGGAGGUCACUGCUCCCAAACAUUCUCGUAAAAGGAAUCGAGCAAAAAAAGGUGCCUGUUCUAGUUCUAAAUCUCUGAAGAGAAAGUACCUAAGUGGUCGACGAUGA